CAAAUAUUAUAGUGUUUUCAUCCAAAUGUUAUAGUGGUUCGUUGCUUCUAAUCUUGUUUGCUUACUUUUUUUACUUUCUUUCUGGAUUUUGUAGUAAAAAUUAUGUAUACUUUCAAUGUUUUUGUAUGUGAUUUAACAAUGUUUAUAUUGAAACUUACCUUCAGAAUAUAGGAUUAUGGGUUGCUUUGGCUUCUGCAAAGAGAAUGAUUCUUAUACUACUGCUGACAGAGGAAACUUCAUGCAAAACAAUCCCAAUGCAGGGAACUCUAGUUAUCAUGGAAGACACACGACAGUAACCAUUCCCCAGCCUAUAAAUCUCCAACCGAUUUCUGUUCCUUCCAUUACAAUAGAUGAAUUGAAGUCUGUCACUGAUCCGCUGUCGCACGCGGAUCAAAAACGAGUUGUUUUGAAUAAAACUGUAGAUAGCGACAAGCGACUCGAAUAUCGUCUCUCAAGGAUUCUUAUCGUUCCUUCCAUUGUCGAGCUUCUUACUUACUGUGUUUACUGCCCUUUCCGUGCCCUUGCUUACGAGUAUGUUCCAAAUGGAUCCUUUCAUGACAUUCUACAUGGACGCAAAGGUGUAAAGGGUGCAGAACCUGGUCAAGUUUUAUCAUGGGCUCAAAGAGUUAAAAUCGCUGUUGGAACAGCCAGAGGACUUGAAUAUCUUCAUGAAAAGGCAGAAACAUGUUGCUAUGAAUGUCAGUUCAUGAUGGUGGCAGUCAAUUGAUAACAUUGAGGCUGACUCAGAUGCUGAACAGGUGGCAAAAGAAAAAAGCUUCCAUGAGAUUUUUUUCAAUGGGUUGUUUGGGAGAUUGAUUCGUAAAUCUAAAACAGCAAAAGGAGAAAGGGAGUUUUUACUGCAGAAAGACACGGGUCUGCAAUCAGUUCUUGUUCUUCUGCUAUUGAGUUUGUAAGGCAUAAAUUUUCGUUGGUUGCUGAAGAUUGUGAUGAUACCAGUUCAUCGGCUAUGGAACCCGAAAGCACUAACAUGUUUCAAUUCGCCAAUUAAUGAUGUCACCAAUGUUAGUAACAUUAAAGACACAAUAACUUUCUAUACAUGCUCUUAUUCUCUCCAUGCUCUUUCUUAUUGUUAUGCUUUCAUUUGCUUUCUAUACUGAUACAUAUUUAUAAGAAAGAUUUGUUGUCAA